CUUAAUUUGUUUAAGAUGCUAUCUUAUCUGUUUCAGAAGUGGUGGUGAGAAACUAAAAAUUUUCAUCUUGAACAAUAUCAAGGUUUUUAAAUCAUGUCUGAAGCAGGCAAUUGGUGUCUGAUUGAGAGUGAUCCAGGUGUCUUCACGGACCUCAUUCAGAAGUUUGGAGUGGAUGGUGUUCAAGUAGAAGAAAUCUGGAGUCUUGAUGAUGAUGCUUUUGCCAACUUGAAACCUGUUCAUGGACUAAUAUUCCUAUUCAAGUGGCAGAAGCUGGAAACGCAGCCUGAGUCAACAUCAUCUGUAUUGCUCAACCCUCCUUCAACACUUUUCUUUGCAAAGCAAGUGAUUAACAAUGCUUGUGCUACUCAAGCUGUUCUCUCUGUCUUGCUUAAUACAUCUCAUGAAGACCUAAAACUAGGCUCAACUCUGUCAGAAUUUAAGGAAUUCACAGCAGCUUUUGAUCCCAACCUCAAGGGCUUAGCACUGUCUAACUGUGAUAUAAUUCGAAAUGUACACAACUCAUUUGCACGUCAAACUCUCUUUGAGUUUGAUCAGAGUGCUGCUACCAAGGAUGAUGACAUAUUCCAUUUCAUCAGCUAUGUUCCUCAUGGCGGUCGUUUAUAUGAACUUGAUGGCUUGCAAGAAGGCCCAAUUGAUUUGGGUGAAAUAUCUGAAGGACAGGACUGGCUAAACAAAGUCCAACCCAUCAUCCAACAACGGAUGUUGCAGUACAGCAGUGGUGAGAUCCACUUCAACCUCAUGGCGCUGGUGAGUGACAAGAAAAUGAUGCUGGAGAGAGAAAUAAACAAAUUGGAAGGCGUGGCUGGGAGCGAAGCAAAACUGGCAGAGUUGAGACAGGCCAUCAUGGAUGAAGAGAGCAAGAGGGCUCGUUGGCGUGAAGAAAACAUCAGACGUAGACAUAAUUAUUUGCCUCUCAUUGUCAACAUGCUGCAGAUGCUUGCCAAAGAAAAUAAGCUUCUACCAAUUUAUAACGCUGCUAAGAAGAAAGCUCUUGAAGCCAAAAAAUUUAAACCGGCAAAAGGGAAGGCUGCAUGAAGAGUCAUUUUGAAUUCUAUGUCAACUUUGGUGUGAAGCGCAUUUUUUUGUGUCCUGUAGAGCCCUCUUUCAUAUUCCUUUUGGAGCAAAAUUUGUACAAUAUUUUUAUGUUAAAAUUAUUGCUUCUACAUCAGUCCACAAUUUAGGAGUUUGGUUGACUUGAUUUCAAUUUAUUAAAAUAUUAGCACACACGCAAAUGUACGACAGAUGCAUUAAAUGGCUCAUAGAACUUGA